AAGUAAUACUACUAACAAAAAGAAAAAUCUUAUACAAAGUUAUCAAAAAGAUAAUCAUAGAAAUGGCUAUCACCAAAAAUAUGCUUGUCGUAUUACUUCUCACUAUUAUUUUUGUCACAUCGUCGGUUCAUUGUUCUGAUAGCGCUCUUGGAAUUGGAAUCAAGGAAGAUUGGGAAGUAUGCUUCAGCAUAGACCCGUGUUUGACUGGAGAAGGGACCCUAGGAUGCACGAAGUGGUGUAGAAACCACAUAAAUCUUUCAUUAGUUGGUUAUUGUCGUACUGAUCCUGAACACUGUUGCUGUGUGGCUGAAAAAUAAUCUAAACGAAAGAUUAAAAUUUUCUAUAAAAUAAUAAUAUCACUAGUUUCAUCUCCAAAGAUUUGUGAAUUUAUUAGUUUUUCUUCUCCUUAAUUUGAUUUAUCUCCAAAGAUUAAUCGUUUCUCACUGGUCUAGUGUCUAGUGUCUACAUAUAUCGAAGUCAUAAUACACCAAUCGUACCAAAUCAAAGUUUUGAAAAAAAGAAACUCGAGCGAAUUUUGCAUGCAAAAUAAGUAUAGUGUAUAAUCUUGUUUUUUU